AAUGCCACAUCCACUCUUACACAUUUUCUUUUAGCUUUUCUACAAUUUGCUGGAAAAUGGCUCAACAUUUCCACGUAUCAUCUCUCUUACUGCUUGCAUUUCUCAAUAUAUUCUUCAUUCAUGGCAACAUAAGUGGUGCAACUGCACGCCAUCUCCUCGAGACACCCGUUCCUGAGAUACCUAAACCACAACUCCCAAAAGUUCCAGCCUUGCCAAAGCUUGAAAUCCCAACUGUGCCGAAGCCUGAGCUUCCAGCCAUACCAAAGCCUGAGCUACCAACUCUAUCGAAGCCCCAGUUACCAACUUUGCCAAAGCCUAAGAUGCCUGAGAUCCCUACCAUGCCAAAAUCUGAGCUUCCUAGUAUGCCAAAGCCCGAGAUUCCUUCAAUGCCAAAACUAGAGAUUCCUCCCUUGAAAAAGUCAGAAAUCCCCGCAGUGCCCAAGACUGAGGUUCCUCCUGUUAUGAAAAAGCCUGAAGUUCCAACUCUACCAAAGCCCGAGCUACCAAGUCUGCCAAAGCCAGAAAUCCCAGAACUACCAAAGCCAAAAGUCCCAGAACUUUCAAAGCCAGAAAUCCCAGAACUACCAAAGCCAAAAGUCCCAGAACUUUCAAAGCCAGAAAUCCCAGAACUACCAAAGCCAAAAGUCCCAGAACUUUCAAAGCCAGAAAUCCCAGAAUUACCAAAGCCAAAAGCCCCAGAGCUUCCAAAGCCUGAAAUACCAACUACGCCAAAGCCCGAAAUACCAGAACUACCAAAGACAAAAGUUCCAGAACUUCCAAAACCAGAAGUACCAACUAUGCCAAAGCCAGAAAUUCCAGAAUUACCAAAACCAAAAGCCCCAGAGCUUCCAAAGCUAAAAGUCCCAACAAUGCCAAAGCCUGAAAUCGCAGAACUACCAAAGCCUAAAGUUCCAGAGCUUCCAAAGCCUGACGUACCAACUAUGCCAAAGCAUGAAAUUCCGGAACUACCAAAGCCAAGCGUCCCAGAGCUUCCAAAGCCUGAAGUACCAACUACGCCAAAGCCUGAAAUUCCUGAACUAUCAAAGCCAAAAUCCCUGGAGCUUCCAAAGCUAAAAGUUCCAACAAUGCCAAAACCUGAAAUCCCAGAACUACCAAAGCCUAAAGUUCCAGAGCUUCCAAAGCCUGAAAUCCCAAAACUUCCUAAGCCAGAAGUACCAACAAUGCCCAAGCUUGAAAUUCCAGAACUACCAAAGCCAAAAAUCCCAGAGCUUCCAAAGCUAAAAGUCCCAACUAAGCCAAAGCCUGAAAUUCCAGAACUUCCUAAACCAACUCUUCCUUCACUUUCUCCACCAUACAAACCCGCUACUCCUUGAGUAAAUUAUAUGCUACUUUCACUCUAGUAGGAAGUACCCGACUGAUAUUUUUGCGAUUUCCAUAUGAGUCUAUGAAGCUUGCGCCCUGAGCUGUGACAUGGAGAUAGUAUUGGAUACUUUCUGCUAGGAGUAGAAAUUUUAAUUAGUAUUUGAAUUGGAUGUACCAUGUUUGAUAUGUCAUUAUGAGUAUUUUAUUACUUUCUAUAUAUACAGUAUGUGUAAUAGAGCUCUGAUCUAAUGUUACUUUUGUUUAGUUCAGGCUAAUGUUUCAAAAGUUCACGCAAAUUUUAAAAUUUAUCUAGUAAAA